AAAGUUGUUUACAUUAUCACAAGGCACAAUUCAAUUCCCAUAUGUUUGAAAAUGCGAAUAGCAUAAUAUGUAUAUUUAUAUAAAUUUUACUAUUUUAACUUAGUUUGAAGUUACUACACUUUAACCUGAUACCAAUAAAUUUUUAAGCAUCCUACAUAACCUAUUUUGAAAACCGAAUAUUUGUAGCUUACUUAUUUUUGUAAUUUAUGUUUUAAUCCACUUUUAAUCAGUAUGUCAAAGACACCUACAAAAAGUCAUGAAAACUCUUAUAGUUUUAUUCCUAAAGAAAUAACAACUCCCAAUAAAGACAGCCCUGGCAUAUCGAAAACUGUGCACACUCAUAUUUCGAAUUUGCAUAAUUUACUGUGUAACUGGGAGAAAAUUAAAGAAAAUGGAACAAAGAUCUGUAAAUCCAUAUCAGCUUUGAAGUUAUAUGAGUGUACAGAUGAAUACUUUCCUCAUCAAGUUGGGCCACUCAUAAGUAGCCUGUCUGAAGCAUAUGAUGCUUUACAAAACAUUGUACAAGGUGUCCAUCUGAUAAAGAAGCAGUUACACGCACUCUCUGAGCUUGAAACUUCAGGCCAAGGUGUUAUUUUUACUUGGUCUGUUGGGCAAAUUGCAGAUAAUGUAUCAGACAUUUACAAUGCCUUACAAAAAGAAAUUAAGCUCAAACAAGUAAUCACUGAAAAUCUUGCACAUUGUAGAGACGAAAGCCUUAUAGAGGUAUAUGUCAGUUCAUGGGAACUUGAAGCCUAUUAUAAUAGUGAAUUAAGUGCUUUCUUAUUUGCUGAUAUUGGGUUACCUUGGAUAACGUAAAACAAUAUUUAUUUUGCAAUAUCUAUGUAUAUUUUCAAUUUGUAUGUUUAUUGUAUCAUAAAGUGUAAUUAUAAUAUACUUAUUCUGAUA